GCCUGACGCUGCAACUGUGCUGGGGGGGAGGGGGGCAAACUUGGGAUUCUCUUUGGAAAGAAGGUGCUUUCUGACCGCAGCGUUCGAUUACAUCUUCAGAAAGUGGAAUCUCUCAUUUCCUCUUAGAUGUUUAGAAGAACGAGAAGACCUCUGGCCCAGAGCAGGGGUGGGCGGGGCGUUCCAGCGAUGUCUUCGCCAAAGAAGAAUCUUCCCAGCAUUGACCUUGAGUUGGGACAUGCACAGAUGGGCUUGUUCGAAAGCCGGCAAACGAGCAUUCCAGCAUAAAAGCAUUCCUGCUGUGCUCCUUCCCCAUUCCUUCUUGCUGCCUUAUUCUUUGUCUCCAGUCGGUCUCAAGCAACAGGGGUGGGAAGGCCGUGUGAUCUUUUGCCAGACAAAAUAACUGAAGACUGAAAGGCGGCAGGUGCUUCAUGAAAGCACGAACCAGGUCGAUGACAAACUGUCCUCUUCGUCUCGUUCCACAUCUUGGGGCAGGCUCCGUCUGGAAAUUCCUAAGGCCUACGGGCAUUUCAGAGUGUUUGGGAAGAAGUCCGCCGGCCUGUCUUGGCUGUGCCUCUGACAGGUUACUUGAAUGGGUCCUGGCGUGUAGCUCUGCUUCUUGCAGGCCAUAUUCCUGGGCGUUAGUUGCACAAUGAGGAAUUGAUUCCUUCUUAGCGGUGUCUGCCUCUAGGAGAGACCACUAGCACCCAAAAGUUAAAAAGAGCAAAAACUCAAAUGGCAGAUUAAAAUGGAUUGGGUUUCUUGAAUACAAGGGCAGUUCUGGGGUUCUGAUGCUCUUGACCUGAGACGCCAUGAGAGUGCCUCCCUGAACUGCCUUUAGAGUGGAUGUUCCUCCCAAUUAGGUUUCCCUGCCUCCCGCCGGUUCUUGUGGCGUUCCUUCUAGCUAUUGAAAUAUGACUGUCUGAAAAUCCCCGUUAAAACACCUUUUAAGCCUGCGUCCUCCCCAGCUGCGUAGAGCACAGGGCUUGAUUUCUUUCACCAUUCUGGUCCUUUGGAAUAAAACUCUGCCUAAAUGUGAUGAGAGGGAUCUCACGGCUGGCCACUCCCUCUACCAAAGCAGCAGGGUCCUGCCUUCAUCCCCCCCUCCCCCUCCUUCAGGCUCACACGCAGGUGUUUGAACAGGAUUCCCCACUGAAAACCGGACAGCCAAGAGGUGAGAACAACCUUUUGCCUGCUUCUGGCCCAGGUGAUCCUCGCUCGGUGGAAGACCGGCUGUGUGGAUGGCAGGGAUCUGUGGGCCGCGGCCUCUGGUGCGCGUUGGAGUGGCUGUUCUCACUCUGUGCAGGCUGUGCUGCCUCCUGCUGCCUAGCCACGCUCACUCAAGGUGACUGCCAGCACAGGAGGUCUGACACAAAGCCCCCGAUUGUGCUGGCCAUGAAUGCCUUGGCUGUCUCUCCAAGGAAGACAGGCACAGAAGCACCGUCCCCAGGACACCGUCUCUCUGCGGGCCCCCCCCCUCGACUCCCCUCCCAUCGAGGGAGGCUCCAGUUUCACCUCCACGCGUCCCUCUCCAAGCCGAAGUGCCAGGGUGGGCAGUUUACCUGGCCUUGACGGGCACAUUCUCAGGUUUCUGCCCAGAUUCUAAGGACUGUCUGAUCAUGCACACCCUCUGCAUUGUCCGAGGACGGAGCUGCAGGAGGCGAUACCUGGAGUGGAAGAAUGGAGGAGCAGGCGGCAGCUCGCCCCGUCCCGUCCUCGGAGAAGAGGCUCCCACCAGAACCGAAAAGCCCUUCCCGUAUAUUUUGGGUCAUCCUCUCCGUGAUUCUGAUUUGUGGGGUGAUUUGCAGCACAGUGGCAGGAGUUCUCAACUUUACCCAAAGUUCUUCCAAGCCUCUUUCUCAGGUGGUCCGAUUUAAUUUCCCCAGCCGCCCAGGGUCCCAGGUGAACCAGUCAGCCUUUGUGGAUAAGUCCCGGAACGCCGUCACUUAUUACAUUACUUCCUCAAGUAACCACACGACAGCAGUCCUGUUUGAUGGCAAGAAUGGCUACGUCUGCUACAAGCCUGCCGAGCAGAACAACUGUUACCUGAGAAUGAUGGACGGUCUGGACCAGGAGACCGUGCAGGUGUCUUUCGACCUGUCCCAGCACAGGGUGGAUCAGUUACCGCUUCCCAACAACCAGACAAGGUACUACCGGGAGUUCCUGGGGAUUGUGCCGGGAAGGCCGGUCCGGCCCGAGGAAGCAGGCGAGGCUGUCCACUCUCUGUGCAAGCAAAUGCCCAUCUACUGGGUCAAGAAGAAAGACGGCCCAGCCAAGCAGCGGCUGAUCUACCUGUGCAUUGACAUCUGCUUCCCCAGCAACAUCUGUGUCUCCAUCUGCUUCUACUACCUUCCAGAGUGAGCGGCCGAGGGUCCUGACCGCCACCACCCACCCCCUUUGGUACUUGAAGUCCCGUGGGAGAGACCCCCAGGUCCUGCCUGGCUCACAUCCUCCACACUGCCUCUGCUUGAAGCUGCCCCGCCCCCCAAACCCAAACCCACCCUAUAGUCUGGGUCUGGAUUGGGCCAGAAGGGCAGCUGCGGUGCUCGGAACAGUCCCUCUGUAGCUUCACCACUGCGCCCAUUUCAUUUACAGAAGGCGGGGGGGGGGGGGUCGCUUCUUGGCUGUAGUCUGUAAAUAACUCUCUUGUGGUAGAGCUAGCUGCAUGCUGUAUAGCCAGGGUCCAGACAAGUCAGAGUCAUUCGCACCGCGUGUUAUGACGGUCUUUUUUUAAAAGAAAAAAACAUUCACAAUUUUGUACAAUGUUAGUUACCCAAAUGUGGCAUUUUAAAUAAAAGUACAAAACGAGGAAA